GGUGCAGCACAACAGGCGUCAAUAACUGUCCAUGACGUUGCUUAAACAUGGCUACCACGAUGGGGAUACUGAAGAAGUGGUUGUCAGUUAUUUUGGUAUUUUGGGGAUAUUUUAGAAUAAAUGGAGAAGAUGUUCACCCGCAUGACGUCAAUAUCAAGCACAUCAUGCUCACGUACAACCACUUUACACCAAUGCAGCUGUUUAAGUCCACGGAUUUCUGGAUGGGAAUCAACGACCCGAAGUCUGAGACGGGAGAGUAUCCAUUCCGGGUGGGACACACAAAGAGCUACUAUAUGGAUAUGUACCCCGUCACAAACGCCCACUUCUGGGAGUUUUCAAUGAAGAAGCGGAGGUACCGCACGGAGGCGGAGACCAAGGGAUGGAGCUGGGUGUUUGAGAAUCACGUGUCUGCCGAUACCAAGAAGAAGAUGUCCGUGAAAGGGGCAGACAACUGGCUAGCCGUGAAAAAAGCAAACUGGGAACACCCCGAGGGGCCUGACUCUCUGGUUGACAAACGCUGGUCGCACCCUGUCGUGCACGUGAGUUACCAGGACGCCGAGACUUACUGCAAGUGGAGGGGGAAGAGGCUCCCCACAGAGGCGGAGUGGGAGAGGGCUGCACGUGGGUCUCAACUUAAUCACGUUGUCCAGUACCCUUGGGGCGACCUGUGGGAAUCAAAGAGAGCGAACAUUUGGGAGGUAGGUCAGUUUCCAUGGAAACAUGUCAGUCACCGAAAACGGACCAAACUACAGACUGACAUACUGAUUGUUGGUUGGGAAAGUUCCCCAAAAAAGAAUGUUAAAGCAGAUGGCUUUGACGGUACCUCGCCUGUAGACGCCUACCGACCCCAGAAUGAUUUCAAGAUGUAUGACAUGGUAGGCAACACGUGGGAGUGGACCGCCAGCCCCUACUACCGGCCCUUCAUCCCCCACGACCUUCAGGAGACGCAGCACAUCUUAAAGGGAGGCUCCUACAUGGACAAAAAUGACGGAGACUUCACUUAUGUCGUGAGAACAUCCCAAAGAAUGCCCCAAGCUCCUGACUACUCGUCUAGCAACGUCGGCUUCCGGUGUGCCAAGGACGCGCCAAAGUAUGACCCUGAUUUCGAAGCCAUCCGGAGACAAGAAGAAGAAUACAAAAUGCAGUUUAAACAGGCUAUUGGAAGAGAUGAGUUAUAGAACCCAGUGUUGUGAGAAUGAAAGAAUUCGUGGUUUUGUCAUAUUUUUGUGUACAUCGGUAAAUUAAAUAAUCAUUUUAAGUCAUUUGUAUUAAAACGGAGAAAAUAUAUGCAAUUUCCAAUCACAUAUGACGUGAUACAAUAUUUGUGAAACGUUGUCUAGUUUCUCCAUGUUGAUAAUUUUAUCUUCAGAACUUUCCAUAAAAUGACUCGUAGAGAGGUUGGUAUUCUUAACGUAGAAUUGCCGUUAUCAACUUAUUAAAUAUAGUUUACAUUUAGACCUGCACACCGGAUACCUUAGUUUACUUAUCUAUCUGCGAUAUUAAAAAGGACAGUGAAAAAAAGAUCGAAAUUUGGGGCGAUUAACUAUAUUACACCAUUUUGAUGGCAAUAAUUUCUAGUACCUGUAGAUUGAACCAUAAUUGUGAAUUCUAACUCAGUAACUCAGUAAAUGGCAUGCAUAGGAACCAACUGUGGUAUAAUAAAGUAGAAUUGUUUUUAAUGGAUGCCCAUUACAGAAGCCAACAUCCAUAAAAUGUACCUCCUUUGUGAGUAUCACUUGUAAAUGCCAUUCAAGAAGUCUGUGGGAAGUUCCUGGGUUGUUGUUUUCUUCAGAGGAAUCUUUGAGAUUUGUUGGAACCUUCUGCAACAUUUGCAGGAUGUGCCAUCUAGAAACAGGUAUAUCUUCUGAUAACGGAUAAUCCGAUAUUUCAUCAUUGCGUUUGUUGUAUGGUAUCAUGUCAGAACCACGGAAAUAGUUCCUUGUUUAUUGCCAUGGCUAUUUAUCCGCAAUCACCGCUAAAGAGUGCCCUUGUACUUACCUGGAUAUCUACUUACUUCGUGUUUGUGAAAAUAAAAUUUAAAAACAAA